AUGUUGAGUUGGGUACGAACUUUAUCUUCUUUCAAAAUUAAAGAAGUAAAAAAUAUAAAAUUUCAUAAUACUUAUGUAGAAACGAAACAAGAAACAAAAGUGGUUGAAUUAAAACAUGAUUACAUGGAAUUAUCAAUCACUAAGCUGCAAAGAGAGAAAAGAGUUGGAUAUGAUGGAAGUAUUACUUACACAAAAUGGGUUGAGGUGAAGAAGAAAACCAAAAAUGAAAAAAUUCCAAAGAAUCUUGUUGGUGCUUCAAAAGAAGAUCUUCAACGGUUGAAAACAGAAAUUGGAGAUAGAAAGUUCGAGGGUGUAGUAGGUGGAGUUCUUAGUCGUGAUAAGUUGUUAUAA